UUAAGUCUGGAUGAGAUGAGAGCACUGACAGUUCAGAGGGCGAAGUUUACCAUGGGCUUACCUCUGCUAAAACGUGCAAUUCAGGAUCAGGCAGAGAAAACAAGGAAUUUUGUGGGUCGAAGCCUCGUCAUUGGGGAAGUGCUGUCCAUCGCGGACAUGGCCACGAGCGUGAAGUGUGGAAUAACUUACUGGCUAUUCGGUGGUGCUAUCAGGAAUCUUGGGAGCCCCGGACAUGUUACUAAGUGGUUUCAGCCACUCCAGGAACAGAAAUAUACUGGGAUGUUUGCGAUGACGGAGAGGGGCCAUGGCAGCAACGUGAGAGGGAUCCAGACUGAAGCCACCUUUGACCUCUCUGCACAGGAGUUUGUCAUUGACACGCCCUGUGAAGACGCCCAGAAGAUGUACAUCGGCAACGCCAUGCACGGGAAUUAUGCAGCCGUCUUUGCCCAGCUCAUCAUUCAUGGAAAAUCCCAAGGGCCCCACUGUUUCAUCGUUCCCAUCCGGGAUGAAAACGGGAGCUUGUACCCCGGGGUGACAGCUAUCGACAUGCUGUACAAAGAAGGUUUGCACGGUGUGGAUAAUGGUAUUUUGAUAUUUGACAAGGUUCGGAUACCCAGGGAGAACCUGCUGGAUAAGUUUGGCUCCGUGACACCAGAUGGGCAGUACCAUUCACCUAUUAAGAACAUGAGUGCCAGAUUCAACGCCAUGCUGGCGGCACUGACUCCCUCCAGAUUAGCAGUGACUUUCCAAGCCAUGGGCGCCAUGAAGCUUGGGUUGGCGAUAGCCAUUCGCUAUAGUCACAGCCGGAGGCAGUUUGGGCCCAAAGGCAAGGAAGAAGUGAAGAUCAUCGAGCACCAGAUGCAGACGCUGCGGCUGAUGCCUCACCUGGCCACGGUGCUGGCCCUGACCUUUGCCAGCAGGUAUGCCGGGGACCUCCUGGAUGAGGACAUCUUCCAGGGGAAGGAGCUCGUCAACAGUCGCUCCCUGCAGGCACUGGUGGCAGGGCUGAAGGCCUACAGCACCUGGGAGAACAUCAGCUGUCUACAGGACUGCCGAGAGUGCACCGGCGGCAUGGGUUACAUGAUGGAGAACCGGAUCUCGGGCCUGAAGUGUGACACGGAUGUGUUUGUGACUUUUGAAGGUGACAAUGUCGUUAUGCUUCAGGUGGUGGUACGGGAACUGCUGACCCAAUACACCAAGCAGUAUGAAGAGAGACCACUCUUUGGCCUGCUCCGAAACCAUGCUGAGUCUGUGGGUGACAAGCUGAGAACCAGCUUCCUGGCACUGAACAGGGACGCAGUUGGUGACCUUGCCUUUCUGUUGAAAGCCGUGAGUUUCCGUGAAAGGGUUCUUCGGCGGAGUCUGGUGGCCAGGAUUUAUUAUAAGGUGAGGACCCGGAAGGAAGACUUUUUCAACGCCUGGAACUCGUGCCUGCACCACGUCGCUGCCCUGUCCCUGGCACACAUUCACAGAGUGACACUGGAGCAGUUUUCCCUGGCAGUGACACGCUGUCCUGACGCAGAGGACCGGGCUGUGCUAACAAAGUUUUGUCUGCUGUAUGGAACGAGACUGGUGUUCCAGGAGCGAGCCUGGUAUUUAGAAUAUAAAUACUUGACCCCCGUGGCCAGCACAAGGAUCAGGAGUCAGUUGCUGGACCUGUGCAACUCCGUGAGAGACGACGCCCUCAGGGUGAUCUCUGCCUUCAACAUCCCAAGGACCAGCCUCCACGCACCCAUCGCCGGGAUCCCCAACCCGCAGGCCGCCUGGGCCUUCUAUCCCGCCUGUCUGCAGCCGCUGGCCCGCGAAGGGCCGCCCUCCCCGCGGCCGGAGCAGCGAGCCAAGCUGUAA